CAUUAAAAUCAGCUGUCAUCUAGAGAAAAUUGAUUUGAAUUUUAUUUUAAAUCCGUAAUUUCAAGACAUUUAUUUUAAAUUACAUUACCUAUAACGGUGAUUUGCAAAUAGUAUUUAAAAAAAUGCCACCUAAACCAAUUCUAGUAAAAAACGACACAAUGAAAAAUGUUUUAGUGGCACCAAGCAGAGUUGUUUCUAGACCUGAUAAACUCGAGGGAGGAGAAGAAACUGAAAUUGCUGCUCAAAUACUUGUGCCUCCAGAAACUGGCUGGGGCUGGGUAGUGGUUGCAGCUUCAUUUAUUAAUGUUUUUAUAUUCGAUGGUAUAGCUUUUACGUAUGGGAGUUUGAAGAACGAUAUUUCUACAGACCUUAAUUUGUCAAAUUCCUUAGUUAAUUUAGUGAAUUCACUCUGUAUUGCAAUUUAUUACAUAGCUGGACCAUUGGCUUCGGCAUUUAUAAACCGCUUCGGAUUUAGAGCUUGCGUUAUGUCCGGAUCAGUUUUAAGCUCAUUUUCAUUGUUUAUUUCAUACUUUUCAAAUGGUUUUGCGUCUUUUUGCAUAUUUUAUGGAGCAAUUGCUGGUUUCGGAUAUUGUUUAAUGAAUAUGGCAUCGGGCCUAAUUGUAGGGUUUUAUUUCGAAAAGCUUCGGUCAAUAGCUUUAGCUAUAUGUUCAUGUGGAUCAAGUGUUGGAAUCAUGGCCUUUUACCCAUUAAAUGUAUAUUUAAUUAAAUUAGCUGGAUGGCGGACAGCGACUUUAUUACACUCAGGACUCAUUGGGCUAAUAUACUUUUUGGGGAUGACUUUUCAACCCCUUUUAUCUUUUACCGUGGUGAAAACUACAGAAGAUCAAACACGCACUGUAACUUACUUGCCAAAUUUAUCUACGGCUGGUCUACGUCUUGCGACAUCACGUACUAAAACCGACGAUAAGACGAUAGAGCCAACAGCUACAGAACGCUUAUUUAGCGCUGUUUCUAAUUCAAACUUCCCUACGGCAGCUGCACUAGUAGAAGAUACUACAGUUGGAUCGGCUGCACAACCAGGUCCCUCUACCGCUGCUGUAUCUAAACUGACAUUAACUGCAAAUGCUCCUCAAGGAGGCAUUAGUCCCAGACAGCUCAAGCAAGUGAAAUCUAUUAUGUCUAAAACGAGUGUACAAGAUAAAACAAAGCCUCCACCAGUCGAAAUAGCAGUUACUGUAGAAGAACCUAAGGAAAGUAGCUGUUGGGGACGCCUGUGCCAUUGGGAUGUACAUGUACCGGAAUCACGCCCAAUGUAUCGAGAUGAUGUGUUUUAUGAGGGAAAAUUAGAGAAGCUACCAGAAUAUCAAAAAAGUAAAAUGGCUUCAGGCACUUCUAAAACCGGUUUGGAGUAUCAGUUAGCUGUAUCUAGAGCCGUAACGGUUGAUGAUUUACGUGAAAAGAAAGGAGUAUUCACCACAGCGGCACGAAGAGUACUAGCGACAAUGAUGGAUCCUAAACUACUCCGAAAGAAAUCGUUUAUAUUUUUAUGUUUAGGGGGAUUUCUUAUUUUUGUAGGAUAUUUGACUCCUUAUGUUUUUAUUCAGGAUAGAAAUGUUCAAGCAGGCCUUGAUCCGCAACAUUGUUUAUUUUUAGUGAGCGUCAUAGGAGGUGCCAACGCCAUAGGUAGACUAGUGUUGGGAGGAGUUGCGAGUAAGAUAGAUCCAAUUAAUGUUUUCAUUUUCUCAACAUUGAUUAGUGGCAUCGUUACUAUUUUAUCAGAUGUAUCACUUAAUUUGUCCUAUCAAUAUUUCUAUUGUUUUGUAUUUGGAUUUUUUUCAUCUGCCACAACUUCCUUACGUAGUAUGGUAAUCGUUUCUUUGUACGGGUUAGAUAAUUUAACAAACGCAACUGGUGUUAUUCUUGUAUUUCAAGGGUUAGGUUCUUUAGUUAGUACACCAAGCGCAAGUAUACUUAAGAAUAUGUAUGGAUUUUCUAUAGCGUUUUAUGUGGCUGGAAGCUUUAUAACAGCUGGUGGUAUUAUUUUAUUACCUGUUAAACGUAUGUCUGAAAAGGAAAGUAAAGUUACUCUAUAAUUGCAAAAUCGUCUACUAACAAACUAUCCCUAACUAUAUCACUAGGUAUCUAACUACCAAUAUUAUAAAUAAAUGCGAAAGUGUG